CAUUUCAUCCUGAUUCUUGUAUCUUAUUACCGGGUUCCCAUUAGUCUCCCCUUCCGUACCAAAUCUCCAGUGGCGAUUUGCAGAAUUUUUGGAUCUUGUUUCUUCAAAUUGUCGACGGGGGAGAGAGAUCGCCAUUUCUCCGGCGAGCCCUUCUCCUCCGGCCAAAUCUGCAUUGGUUAAAUCUCUACCCUAAGCUGGAGCCCAUUCAAGAAACCACGCAGCCUCUGAAGCCUCCUACCUCUUCCAACGGCCAGAUCAGGUACCGGUCGCCGUCUGCUGCCGAGUUGAUCCACUCGCCGGGGGAACUCGACGGCAAGAUGAGGCGCGCGAGGCAGGAGUCAAUGGGGGAUAAGAUCCACCGCUUCCGCAGUGUGAUCCUCGUUGUUUCGAUCCCCAUUUUUCUUGUCCUGUUGGUAAUUUAUCUCAUGCCGCGGGGUCCCGCGCCACUUCCCGCACGGGACGCUGCUUUAAUCGGCCGGAAGGUGGGGACGAGCGACCGAUCUAAAAGCUACGCCGUUAUUUUCGAUGCGGGGAGCUCGGGGAGUAGGGUCCAUGUUUACUGCUUCGAUGGGAAUCUGGAUCUGCUUCCAAUUGGGCAAGAGAUUGAGCUCUUCGUGCAGAAAAAACCAGGCUUAAGCGCUUAUGCUGAGGACCCUAAGGAGGCUGCCGAAUCUUUAAUUUCUCUUUUAGAGAAAGCUGAGAGUGCGGUUCCUGAAGAAUUAAGAGGAAAAACACCUGUUAGAGUCGGGGCGACAGCAGGCUUGAGACAGUUGGGAAUUGAAACUUCUGAAAAAAUUUUGCAAGAAGUUAGGGAUCUUCUUCGCGACAAGAGCUCUCUUAAGUCCAAAUCAGAUUGGGUCUCUGUUCUUGAUGGCACUCAGGAAGGUGCUUUCCAAUGGGUCACUAUAAAUUAUUUACUUGGCAAUUUGGGUAAACAAUACUCAAAUACAGUGGGAGUAGUUGACCUCGGAGGAGGAUCUGUCCAAAUGGCAUAUGCUAUUUCUGAGAACGAAGCUGCUAAGGCCCCAAAGCCAACAGUUGGAGAAGAAGAAUAUGUGAAGAAACUGUUUCUUAAAGGAAUCACGUAUUACCUUUAUGUUCACAGUUAUUUGCGCUAUGGAUUAUUGGCUGCUCGAGCAGAGAUCUUGAAAGUUGCAGAAGGUUCUCAUAGUGAUUGCAUAUUGAAUGGCUAUCAAGGGUCUUACAAGUAUGGAGAUAAAGAAUACCCAGCUUCAGCCUCCCCAUCUGGCUCCAGCUACACCAACUGCAGGAGCGCUGCCGUCAAAGCUCUUAAACACGACGAAACAACUUGCACUCAUCUUAAAUGCACAUUUGGCGGCAUAUGGAAUGGCGGUGGUGGAGAUGGACAGAAGAAUAUAUUCGUGGCUUCAUUUUUCUUUGAUAGGGCUGCUGAGGCUGAUUUUGUUGACCCAAAUUUGCCAGUUGCCAAGGUGAAACCUUCAGACUUCGAGGAGGCUGCUAAAAGAGCUUGUAAAUUAAGUGUGGAGGAAGCCAAGGUCACAUACACCAAAGCAGCAGAGGAAAAUCUUCCAUAUCUUUGCAUGGAUCUUGUUUAUCAAUUCACAUUGCUCGUCGAUGGAUUCGGCUUGGAGCCAUGGCAAGAUAUCACACUUGUAAAGAAGGUUAAAUAUGGCGAUUCCUUGGUGGAGGCAGCAUGGCCUCUGGGCAGUGCUAUUGAAGCUGCUUCCAUAGCUUAGCAAACAUAGCUGAUGCUAUGUGCAUUUGAGAUUAUUAUCCUGCUGGAGCUAUUCUUUUGUCCAUUGUUAUCCUGGUACCAAUCUUACCAUUGGAAUCCAUUAAUCAGCUUGAUCACAAUUUACAUAAUAAUUUAUUUUUCGGAUUUUUUUUUUGCUUGAUAGAAUAGAUGAGUUUAAGGAUGAUCUUUCUGAGUGAUUCUUGGAAGAUUUUGUCAGAUACAAAUAUUAUAAUAUUUGAGAGUUGAGUUAAAUCAGAUAUUUUGUUCA